UUACCUGUCAUAAUGUAUGUAGAUAGAUAUAUAUUUGAUUGUGUUAGUUAAGAUAAUCAGAAGAGUGCAACAUUCAUUCAUAAUUAUAGAAAAAUAUUUGGUAUUUUAGUAGUGUCAGAUUUUUGAAACGAAGGAUUUUUAUUACGACUGGUGUUGAUGUUUUCGUAAUGUAAUUGUUGGCAAGAAAAAUGAGCUCAAAUAACAACAACAACAACUCCUCCUACCUGGAGGUGAGCGGCCAGGAGGCAAGUGACAUCUUGGCGGCUGCUUUACAGCAGAUGGACGGAAUUAUUGCAGGCACAAAGUUUGACAGCAGUAGUGGUAGUAAUGGGUUUGGAUCUUUAACAUCAACUCCAGAGAACACUUUAAAACAUCGUAGUAACGUAACUGAGGCACGUAUCAUAAAACUUGUAGAUGAUUUAAAAUUGGCAUUAGAACUGUGUGACAAUAAGCAACAGAUUAUACGCAAACUUCCUGACGAUGUCCUCAGUGCUGUUGUUGCCUGGUUACAAAGUGGGAAAGAAGAGGCCAGCAAGGUGAGACCACUGUUUUUUGUCUUAAGGAUUGGUAACCCCAAUGAAUCUGUAAAUAUCGGCUCCUGUCAGCGUAAAAUUGUUAUAACUCGGUAG